AUGUCCUCUAACGUGCCCAUUGCUCAUGGUGAUAUUACAGCCCCGACUCCGCAGAACACGCCUUUGACCCACGCUCCCAUCGCUGCUGGUCUUUCGCGCCCAACAGUUCCUGACAUCUCGGAAGAUAAUGAGCCAGCCGAAGAUGAAAUCGAUGAUGCCAUUCAGAUGACCGGUGCUCAGGCCGCGAUGUUGGGCCUUGUUCAAGGUCGCCUUGCAGAUCUAGUUGGAAAGAGCUCUGGGUAUAUCGAGAGCCUGUCCAUCGAUGUAAAGAAGAGUGUAGAAGCUUUGAAAGGGGUUCAGGUCAAGCAAAAUGAGCUGCAGAACCAAUACAAGCGCGAAUGCCUAGAACUUGAAAAGAAGUACCUUGAGCUUCAAAAACCUCAUUAUGAGCGGAGAAACGCAAUCAUCUCGGGUGCUUCUCAAGCCACCGCGGAGGAGAUCGAAGCUGGCACUCGAGCAUCUAUCAAGGAUGAUCCAUCCUACACGCCACUUCCCACUGAUGAAGGUACACCAGCGGCAAUCCCAGAGUUUUGGCUCACUGCGCUGCGCAAUCAUGUCGGACUCUCGGAGAUCAUCACAGAACGAGAUGCUGGGGCACUCAAGAGCCUCAUUGACAUUCGGCUAUCGUACCUCCCUAUCGACUCACCAAAACCAGGAUUCAAGAUCACCUUUAUCUUCAGCCCUAACGAAUACUUUGAGAAUGAAGUUCUUGACAAGACUUACCUCUAUCAGGAGGAGGUGGGCUAUUCUGGUGACUUCGUGUACGAUCGCGCGAUCGGCACGGAAAUUAAGUGGAAAGAGGAAAAGGAUUUGACGAAGGAGUUCGAGAUCAAAAAACAAAGAAACAAGAACACAAAUCGCACGCGACUGGUUCGUAAAGCACGCCCGACCGAUUCAUUUUUCAACUUUUUCUCUCCACCUGUGCCCCCACCCGGAGAAGAUGAGGAGUUAGAAGAUGAGGACCUCGAAGAACUCGAGGAGAAACUGGAGAUGGACUACCAAAUCGGCGAGGACCUCAAGGAGAAGAUCAUUCCCCGUGCCAUUGACUAUUUCACUGGCAAAGCCCUUGAGUAUGACGUUAUGGAUGAAGACGAGGAUGACUUCGACGAGCUGGACGACGAGGAUGAGGAUGGCCAGUUCGAUGAUGAGGUAUGA